UAUUUAACACCCUCCCACUUCUUCUGGUGAAACAAAACCUUUCUAAUGUUCCUUGCAGGCAGGAGUUGUGGGUGUCUCUGAGAGGGGAAAAUGGCUAGUGCUUCAGUGUUGGAGGAGUUAAGCUGUUCUAUAUGUCUGGAUCUAAUGAAGGACCCGGUGACUGUUUCCUGUGGACACAGUUUCUGUUUGAACUGCAUUACAGGCUGCUGGGAUCAAGAAGACCAGAAGGGUGUUUACAGCUGCCCCCAGUGCAGACAGACCUUCACUCCAAGACCUGUUCUACGCAGAAACACAAUGCUGACUGAAGUUAUAGAGAAGCUGAAGAAGCCCGAACUCCAAUCUGAUAUCAAAGUUUCUUCUAAUGCUAAACCAGGUGAUGUGGAGUGUGAUUUCUGCACUGGGAGAAAACAUAAAGCCAUCAAGUCGUGUCUAACAUGUCUGGUUUCCUAUUGUGAGGUUCAUAUUCAGCCUCACUAUGAAGUGCCUCGCUUUAGCAAGCACAAACUGGUGAAUGCCACCUCACAGCUACAGGAGAAGAUCUGUUCUCAGCAUGACAGGAUCAUUGAGGUGUUUUGUCGCACGGAUCACAAGUUGAUCUGUAUGAUGUGUUCUAUGGAUGAUCAUAAUGGACAUAAAACAGUCUCAGCAGCAGCAGAACGGACUGAGAAGCAGGUUCCUGUUCUGCAGCAGCUAAAAGACAAAGAUUACACCCCAAUAGAGUCAGAAAUCAUUGUUGAAGAUGAAGGGGAAUAACCAGAAGCAACUCCGUCAGAAGGAGAAGGAGAUGGAGGAGAUCAAACAGGCUCUGGAGACUGUGCAGGCCUCUGCACAGGCAGCUGUUGAGGACGCUAAGAGGAUCUUCACUGAGCUGAUCAGCUUCAUGGAGCAAAAGCGCUCUGAGGUGACCGAGUCGAUCAGAGCUCAGGAGAGGGCAGAGGUGAGUCGAGCUGAAGGACU